CUCAAAGUUCUUAUCUUUUUUUGUUCAGAUCUUUCAUUAUUGAAAUGGGAUUCUUUUGGUUGCAUAUAUUCCUUAUUCCUUGUCAUCUUAUGAUUCUUAUCCAACAUUUUUGCAUUUCCAUUCAUUACAGUUAUGUUCUUCAAUGAUCUAUAACCGGCCCUUUCUCGUUUAAAGGAUUUUUUUUGAAUUUCUCAUGUAAUUUGUAUGUAUCUUUAUUGUAUAGGCCGCUUACAUGAUCUGGAUAGAGAUAUAUUUGAAAUGGUUUCUUCUUCAAUUGUGAUGAUCAGUCUUAAUUAUGUUUGCGAACUCUUAGCUCAAGAAUUUUCUUGUUUGGGUUUCUUUUCACUGGGAUUUGCUGAUUUAUACAUGAAUUUUUGGAAAAAGUUGCUUUUAUUGUUUUGUUUGAAUAUGAUUAGACUCUGUCCAAAUUACAAGUAUGUAAUUCCCCGGAGACUUUUUUGUUAAUCUUAGGUUGUUGAUAAGGACCACUUUUGGUUUAUGAGAGUGGGGUGUUAGAAGAGCAAUGAGUAAUCAUUCUGCACUUGGGAGGCCAUCUUCAGGUAAAGGAAGGUUAAAAGAGCUUUUGCUUCAAAAGGAUAACCGUACUUGUGCAGACUGUAGUGCACCGGAUCCUAAAUGGGCGUCAGCCAAUAUUGGAGUUUUCAUAUGCUUGAAGUGCUGCGGUGUGCACAGAAGCCUUGGCACACAUGUUUCGAAGGUUUUAUCUGUUACAUUAGAUGAAUGGUCUGACGAAGAAAUUGAUGCAAUGAUGGAGGUUGGCGGAAAUGCCUCUGCGAAUUCAAUUUAUGAAGCUUAUAUUCCUGAGGGAGUCACAAAGCCUGGACCAGAUUCUAGCCACGAUGUGCGUUCAAAAUUUAUCAGGUCGAAGUAUGAACGCCAGGAAUUUCUCAAACCUAGCUUGAGAAUCUUGUCAGCUCCAAAAAAGUCGCAAUCUCUCCAAACAAACCUUUCAAGAAAGAUUAUGGCCAAUUUCAGAAGCGCAAGUUCGUCCCAGGCAUCUGAAGGUAUGGUGGAGUUCAUUGGAAUGUUGAAGAUCAAGGUACUUAAAGGAACAAAUUUAGCUGUCCGAGAUAUGCUGUCGAGUGAUCCAUAUGUUGUCCUGACAUUGGGGCAACAGAAGGCUCAAACUACUGUGGUGAAGAGUAAUUUGAACCCUGUUUGGGAUGAGGAUCUCAUGCUAUCUGUUCCUGAACACUUUGGAGCAUUAAAGCUGGAAGUCUACGAUCAUGACACUUUCUCUGCUGACGACAUAAUGGGGGAAGCCGAGAUUGAUAUCCAGCCAAUGAUAACCUCUGCAAUGGCGUUUGGGGAUGCUGGCAUGUUUCAGAAUAUGCAGAUUGGGAAAUGGUUGAAGUCGCACGACAAUGCGUUGAUUGAAGAUAGCACUGUAAACAUAAUCGAUGGAAAGGUGAAGCAAGCUGUAUCAUUGAAGCUCCAAAAUGUAGAAUCUGGGGAAAUAGAACUAGAAUUAGAGUGGAUGCCACUUGAUCACUAGGUGUAUAUAUAUUUAUCACCCAUUGUUUGCCUAUAUAAAAGGUGAUGGCUUACAUGAACAAUAUGCCCAAAAAGGAAAAAAGAAAUUGUCACAAACACUUAAGUAUUUGGUGCAUUUUUGUACAUUUCGUCAUUGUGUACCUUUUUAGGUUAGAUUUGUUUAUUUCUUUCUUCUUCCCGCCCCAUUAAGACUUUGUACCCGAAUUUUUUGUACGACAAUAAUUGACCUUUUAACAUUUAUUAGAAUUAUCCCCGCACAUUACGCAGAUUUUCU